AUGGCAUGUCUCCAGAAUCAUUUCCUGGAGAGUAUGGGGCUGACCAUGGACAAUGGCUGGGGCUGCGACGGUAGCAAGGCCCCCGGAGGCUGUCGCAGUGGCCUCACCGGCUUCAACCAAUCACAAGGAAUGAAGCGCUUCCGCUGCAAGACCUGUGACUACGAUCUCUGCGAGGAGUGCUAUCUGGAACGCCUGAACAGCAGGCGCUGUCCGAAGGGUCAUGUUCUGGCCCCGCUCGGCACAUCCCGACCCGGCUGGCAUUGCGAUGGAGAGAACGAAGGUGGCUGCAAGAGCAUUGCGCGAGGAUUUGAAUGUACCAAAACCCUGAAUCGCUUCCGCUGUGAACAGUGUGAUUACGACUUGUGCGAACGGUGUUAUGAGACGUCGUUGGCAAAGCCCUGCGAUCGUGGCCACCCCAUGACAUUGCUGGGCUUGGCAAGGGACAAUGGCUGGGGCUGCGAUGGGCGGAGUCAGCCAGGUGGCUGCAAACGUGGGAUCACUGGAUUUCGGCAGACGAAGGGCAUCCACCGCUUCCGCUGUGAGGUCUGCGACUUCGACCUUUGCGACCGGUGCUACGAAGCCCGUCCUGUGGCUGACCGCGGUCCAGCCGCCAAGCCGAUGACCGUGAAUUCGGAACUCAUUCCAGGCUACUGGGACAUGAAGGUGAUGAAGGACAUCGAAAUGCUAAAGGGCCUUGCACCGGAGGAAGAGAAUGUCUUGAACAAGUUCGGCAAAGUGGAACUGACCGAAAGCGAGCUGGCUUCCAUUCAGCAAAUCUUCGACGCAUCUCACAAGAAGGUCUACACCCGGGACCGCAAAGGCACCAAGGUGCCUGACAAGCUGCUUGUGAAGUGCGCCUACCGGAUUCAGAAUCUCCAGAACUGGACGGAGUUUGUGCGGAAGCAGAGCUCCAUCCGCGAGCAGAUUGACAAAUUGAAAGAGACGGGGAACAAGGGCGUCUGCAGGAACGGCCAUGAGCUCAGCCCUUUGGGAACAAGCAAAGAUAAUGGCUGGGCCUGCGACGGCCGGGACGAGGAAGCCGGGUGUGCCAGCAGAAUCACCGGCUUUCGUCAGACGAAGGGCAUGAAUCGCUUCCGAUGUGAGCGCUGCGACUUCGACUACUGUGAGAAGUGCUACCUCCUGCGAACGGGCGCAAAGCUGUGCCUAAAAGGGCAUCCGCUCGUACCGCUGGGCACGACCAGGGACAACGGGUGGAAUUGCGACAACUCUCGCAUGAGCAUCGGAUGCAUGCGGGAGAACAAGACCAAAGGCAUCAAUCGAUACCGCUGCUGGGAGUGCGACUUCGACUUGUGCGAUUUGUGCUUUCAGAGGCACAUAGGUCAUGUGAACAACAGCAUCGAUAACCUGAAGACCUCCUCGAUGGAACUUCACAGUGAAGGCUCUGACCCAUUGACCAACACAGUCUGGCUCUUUCAUGGCACCAACGAUGAGGCAGCGGCGCUGAUUACCAGGGGCGAUUUCUUGGUUGAUAAAGCAGGAUCCAACGCAGGCACCCUCUACGGAAGAGGUAUCUACAUGGCAGAGAGCUGUAGUAAGUCCGACGAGUACUCGAAAGAGAAUUCAGAGGGACUUCGCUGCAUGCUGAUCUGCCGCGCUGUCCUGGGAAAUGUACUGUAUUGUGAUGAGGUCGCACCAAACGUUGACAGUUUGGUUAGGCAGUGCCUCCACGGCAAUUACCACAGUCUGCUGGGAGAUCGCGAGAAAUGCCGCGGAACCUUCCGAGAGUUUAUCGUUUACGAUGACGAUCAGGUGUACCCUGAGAUAGCUGUGUGGUAUGAAAGGCUGUACGACGACGGCUGA